UAUUCACGCAGGUUGAAAGGGCAUGCAAUAUAAAGCCUUGCGCCAUGUCCAUGCCAAUUGAGAACUGGUCUAUGUGAACAGAGUCGGUCAAACUGAAGGGUUUCAGUGAUUGGUUGGUUACCUGUCUCCUCAAUCAGCUGCAUUCGAUCCCCAUACCCUAUACGCACUUUCAAAGCCGCCUCUCUCGCGCUCACUCAAUCUCCGAGUUGCUAUCACACAUUUUGCUCCAAUCCUGGCGAUUUAUCGAGCUCUUUAGAUAUAUUUAAAAAAAACGUUAUACGUCAUCUGCGAAGGUGGAUCAUGUAGUGUUCCAAUAUUUAUAAAGCUCCGUGCGAACAAUACAUUGUGGAGGAGGAAUAGGUUUGGAAAGAGACCUUUAAGGACGAGUUUCUCGCUGCUGUCAGCGACUUGGUUCUACGUUUAAGACAAGAGAAAAGAAGCACGAGUCAGACUUUACACAGUAGCACGUGGAUUUUUGGAGAUGUUCCUUCUGGAGCUCAGUCACUUGUCAGCGCUGGUCACAGCGCUCACAUCAGUGCUCUCCGCCCUGAUCCUGCUUGCCGUCUCCAGGCAACUGUGGACCUUCCGGUGGACCAUUACGCGGGACACAGAGAGCAAGUUGCCGCUACCCAAUGGGUCCAUGGGCUGGCCGCUGGUUGGAGAAACGUUCCACUGGCUCUUUCAGGGGUCCAACUUCCACAUCUCCAGGAGAGAGAAGCAUGGCAACGUUUUUAAAACUCACCUUUUAGGAAAGCCUGUUAUCCGGGUGACUGGUGCCGAAAACAUCCGUAAAAUCUUGCUUGGAGAACACAACUUGGUAUGCACGCAGUGGCCUCAGAGCACCCGUAUUAUCCUGGGACCCGACACUCUGGUCAACUCUAUCGGAGAUUUGCACAAGAAGAAGAGAAAAAUCUUGGCAAAAGUGUUUAGCCGCGGGGCCUUGGAGACUUACCUACCUCGCUUGCAAGAUGUUGUCAAGUCUGAAAUUGCAAAGUGGUGCUCGGAGCCUGGCCCAGUGAAUGUUUACGUCUCAGCCAAGUCUCUCACAUUUCGCAUUGCUGUCAGAGUCUUGUUGGGACUGAAGAUGGAGGAAAAACGCAUAGUAUACCUGUCUAAGAUCUUUGAGCAACUCAUGAACAACCUCUUCUCACUACCAAUUGACGCACCUAUGAGUGGCCUCCGCAAAGGAAUAGAAGCCCGGGAAAUCCUACAUGCGUGCAUGGAGAAAAUCAUAGAGGAGAAAAUGCAGAAACAACAGUCUGAUGAGUACUAUGAUGCUUUCGAUUACAUGUUGAUCAGUGCCAAGGAAAAUGGAAAUGAACUCAGCAUGCAGGAGUUGAAGGAAACCGCGGUGGAGUUAAUAUUUGCUGCUCACUCAACUACAGCCAGUGCCUCCACUUCGCUUAUUCUUCAACUCCUGCGGCACCCCGCUGUGGUGGAGAAAGCCCAGAUAGAGCUGGAGUCCGAGGGUCUCGGCUACGAAGCACACAGCUCGCACAGAUGCUCCGGCAAAGAAAAUGGUCUGAAAGGUCCUCUUGCGGCGGAACAUGAGGAACAUCGGCCUCUAGACGCAGAGGACACCCUGUUGAUGAAUGUGAACGGGACUGUUAAUUGCGCACUGGAUGAAAACGAAGAAGCUCGCUGUUCUCGGUCUCAUAUUCCUUGUUUAACUUUGGAGAAAUUGAGCCAUCUACGUUACAUUGAAUGUGUCGUCAAGGAGGUGCUGCGGUUUCUCCCGCCAGUGUCUGGAGGAUACAGGACUGUGCUACAAACAUUCGAAUUGAACGGCUACCAGAUUCCUAAAGGAUGGAGUGUAAUGUACAGUAUUCGGGACACCCAUGAGACAGCUGCAGUGUUCCAGAGACCGGAGAUCUUCGACCCAGACCGCUUCGGGCCCGAGCGUGACGAGAGCAAGACUGGGCGCUUCAAUUACAUUCCAUUUGGUGGCGGAAUAAGGAGUUGCGUCGGAAAGGAACUUGCCCAAAUGAUACUAAAAACCCUGGCAGUUGAGGUGAUUGGCACGUGCAAAUGGACACUCGCCACGGAAAAAUUCCCCAAGAUGCAGACGGUGCCAAUAGUCCACCCCGUCAAUGGACUGCAUGUGCAUUUCAAUUACGCAUAGACUACUCCGAUAGUUUAGAUAUGUCAUUGUGUUAUUAUUAAAAAAACAUGAAUUAAGCUCAUUAACUUUCCGCAAUUGCAAUUUUAAGUUAUUCACUAUGAAUACAUCAGAAAGAACCCUAUGCUGUGAGAAACAUGGUGGUCAUUGUAGAGUGGAACCAAUGCAUGGUGCCAGUGACCUGUGAUGAUCUGCUUAUCGCCAAGAUCGCCUUUUUACGCACUGGGAAAAGUGACUGCAUACAUUUGCUAUUCUUCACGGACAUCCGGGCGCCCACUUCCAUAACAUAGCAAAUCGAAAAAUGAUAGCCUAUAUUUCAGCACCAUAAUGCAAUAUACAAUGGACGAGUAGGGCUUUCCUCUCACAACAAACAUUAUCUGUGCUCAGGACUGAUUAUAAAUAUCCGUCUAUUAUACGAAAUUGUCUUUCAGAUCUUGCACUUGGUCUCCACGAAAUACAUUCAGAAAUACAUUCCAAAUGUAUGUGUUUAUGUCCAGUAUGUAAGUAGAUAUAAAUGAGAUAUAGGCCUACAUUUAUAGGCAAAAUAAUUGUAUGUGUGUAUGAAAUGAAGUAGUAUUACAAAUAAGCUUUAUUUAUAGAACACUUCGGUUACGUCUGUGUACAUAUGAAAUAAUAAUGAAUAGGCCUAGUUAUUUAUAAUCAAUGUAAAGCAUAGACCGUUAAAACCAUAGGCCUAGAGUAUCGCUAAUUAUUCGAUUAUUUAGAGGCUAUAGAUCAAAAUGCAAUUAUAUAAACUUACCUAGAGAAAAUAACCAAUUAUUAUUUGUAUUCUUAUUAUUAUUACAUGUUCCAUCAUUAUGAAUAAUUGUUUGUUGAUUUUAAAGCAUGAUGGAAGCGCUGUGAAAUGACCCGGUUAAGAUGGAUUCAUGGAAGGAGAUAGCACUUUUUCUCCAUUACGGAGUGUGUAUAUACAGUAUUUGUUCUAUUGAUUGAAUGUGUGUAUUUUUGUGCAGAUGUUGCUCGUAUUAUCUAUAGAACGAUGUAAAGGGUAAAUUACAAAAAAGUGUAUUUCUGCCAUAGAAUAGGACAUUUUACCAUACAAAAUGUGCAUUUGCUGCCAUCAUGUUAACCACAAUGUAUAGAUUCCCGUUCUAUAAAAAUACCAAUAUGAA